AUGCCCUCUGUGCCAUCUGCGGUGCCCCCCGCCCCCUGGCCCUCCUCCACCUCCCACUCCUCCUACUCAGAGCUGGCUCCAUACCACCGUACCGCCAUACCACCGUACCUCCAUACCACCGUCCCUCCGUACCACCGUACCUCCGUACCACCAUACCACCGUAACUCCAAACCACCGUACCACCGAACCUCCGUACCACCGUACCUCCAAACCACCGUACCUCCGUACCGCCGUACCGCCGUACCUCCGUACCACCGUACCUCCGUACCACCGUACCACCGUACCUCCGUACCACCGUACCUCCGUACCACCGUACCACCGUACCUCCGUACCACCGUACCACCGUACCUCCGUACCACCGUACCUCCAAACCCCCGUACCGCCGUACCGCCAUACCACCGUCCCUCCGUACCACCGUACCUCCGUACCACCGUACCUCCAAACCACCGUACCUCCAAACCACCGUACCUCCAUACCACCGUACCACCGUACCUCCGUACCGCCAUACCUCCGUACCUCCAAACCACCAUACCUCCAAACCACCGUACCUUCAUACCUCCAAACCACCAUACCACCGUACCUCCGUACCGCCAUACCACCAUACCUCCGUACCGCCAUACCACCAUACCUCCAAACCACCGUACCUCCGUACCGCCAUACCUUCAUACCUCCAAACCACCAUACCACCGUACCUCCGUACCGCCAUACCUCCAAACCACCGUACCUCCAAACCACCGUACCUCCAUACCACCGUACCACCGUACCUCCGUACCGCCAUACCACCAUACCUCCAAACCACCGUACCUCCGUACCGCCAUACCUUCAUACCUCCAAACCACCAUACCACCGUACCUCCGUACCGCCAUACCACCAUACCUCCAUACCUCCAAACCACCAUACCUCCAUACCACCGUACCUCCGUACCGCCAUACCACCGUACCUCCGUACCGCCAUACCACCGUACCUCCAAACCACCGUACCUCCGUACCACCGUACCUCCGUACCGCCGUACCUCCGUACCGCCGUACCGCCGUACCACCGUACCUCCGUACCACCAUACCUCCAAACCACCGUACCUCCAUACCACCGUACCUCCGUACCGCCAUACCACCGUACCUCCGUACCACCGUACCUCCGUACUGCCAUACCACCAUACCUCCAAACCACUGUACCUCCAUACCACCGUACCUCCGUACCGCCAUACCACCAUACCUCCAAACCACUGUACCUCCAUACCUCCGUACCUCCAAACCACCAUACCUCCAAACCAACGUACCUCCGUACCGCCAUACCACCAUACCUCCAAACCACCGUACCUCCAUACCUCCAAACCACCGUACCUCCGUACCGCCAUACCGCCAUACCACCAUACCUCCAUACCUCCAUACCAUUACAAUCCUAAUCCAUGACUCUGACGGUACACAGACCCCCCUCUGCAAAGGCAGACUCCCUCCCCCAGUGGGACUGCUGGGGCUUGGGGGCUCCACAGUACUGCUUCUAUGA